AUGGAUUUGGUUGAGCCUUAUAUCAAGUUUAUUACGGUCUGUGACACGCACAUGCAUCGACAUGAGUAUAAAGAAGCGUUUUUGGUCUUAAGCCAAGUCAAGUAUUUGAUAGAAAAAGUAAAUGAUCUGCUUUUCGAUAAUGAUUUUAAUUCAAGAGCUGCCCUCUGUGCUCUUCUCUACGGCUAGCCAGAAGAAGCUCUCAGAUUAACUGAAAUGGUCAAUUUGAAUACUCCUGGUUAUUUGCUUGUUUAGGCAUUAAGAGGCUGGGCUCUUAAAGAAAUCGGAUACCAAAAGAGGGCUAAUGUUUUAUUCAAUUAUGUGUUGAAUUCAGUGCCUGAUACAGAUUCUGUGAUGGAUUGUUUAGGAGCAGCUAUCAGCAGCAAAUUAUUAGGAAGCGACUUAAGUAAGUUUUUCUUUGAAUUUGCUAUUGAGAAAUUCGAGACACUAACAGGAAAUGAUAGAAAAUUGAAUCUCCUUUGGGGUGUCUUUGCCCAUUUAAAAAAGUCAGAGCUAGAAACAAUUUCGUCAGAUAGGCAAAAGACUUUAUUGAAGAGCUUAGAGCUUACAAAAGAAAGUGCUGAAGUUUAUGAUUACUUAGGCUAAACUUAUUAUGCUUAAAAGCAAUACGAUUUAGCUCUUAAAUGCUAUUUAAAAUCAAUAGAAAUUAGUCCUAAUUGUAAUUUUUAUAGACAUAUCAAAGUGAGCUUCAUUUAUUUCUAUACUGGCAGAGAGGAACAAGCUAAAACUUUUGUCUUACGCUUUUUGGAGCAAUCAAGAGAUCUUUAUAUAUUUUAUUGGAUUUUAUGUCCUUCUAUCCAACUCAUGAAGUCAAAUGAGCACAGUGAAUUUGAAAAAUAUUACAGAAUAGGUUUGCUACUUUAUUAUUCUCAAGUUUACUACUCAAGCUACAUUAUGCUUUAGAAGGCUAAAGAAUAUGAUCCUUAUAAUUAUAAAUUGUGCAUUUUCAUGUGUAUAGUCUAAAGAUACCUUGGUCUGUUGGAUGAGGCUAUUUAAAAUUUGGAAGAAUUAAAAAAUAGCAAAUAUUAAAACGAUAUCCCUUUAAAUAUUAUUUUAGCAGAACUGUACACUGUUUCUCAGGAUUAUGAGAAAGCGGAGGAGAUGUAUUAAAAAAUAAUAGAGUUAACUCCAAAUAAAUCAUUUUCUAUCUAUAUAUAUGUAAAAUUUUUGAACAAAAUGAAUCGCCUAGAUGAUUCUCUAGUCUAAAUUAAGAAAGCAAUAGAAUUAGAGCCAAGAAAAGUGAAGUUAUUGAUUAUGCAGGCAUUAAUUUAUUCUUCUUUGAAACAACUAGACAAAGCGUAUGAAACAUAUGAGGAAGUCCUUAAAAUAAAUCCAAAUUUGUAAAGCACGAAAUAUCAGCUUUCUCAAAUAAAUUUUGUCUUAAAUAAUUACUAAAAGUCUUUUGAUUAAAUGAUUCAAAUAAAAGAAGGAGAAGUUGGCUAUGAAAAAUGUAUUAGUUUAUUAGUGAAGCUUUUUAUUAGCUAUCCUCACGAAUUAACUAAAGAGCAAUUAGAAUAUGCAAACACUCACCUCAGGGAUAGAAUUACACAUCAUUUAAAAACUCUGGGAGAAAGUAAAAAGCAAAAGAAAAAGGCGACUUAAAAAUAAAGUAAAAAAGGUUAGGAUUUAGAAAGCAAAGGUAAUAACUAAGCAAACGAAAAAGAAGCAAACUUCAAUUUAUAAUAACAAGAAAAUGCUAACAGUUAAAAUAACUAAGAUAAUAUUGAUGAAAACUAAGAUAAAUCAAAGAAUUAAAAAGGGAAAAAAAAUAAUUCUAAGAAAACCAAAAAAGGUAAAAAGAAAGGUACAAAGAAAGUUGUAGAAGAGUAGGAAGAAAUUUAAGAGGAGGAAAACAUAAAAUAUGGCUAAGAAGAAGAGGAAAAGCAAAAUAAUUAAAAAGAUUAAAUUGAAGACGAAGAAAUAAAAUUAGAAAAAGAGUAAAAAAAUGAAAAAGCUGAUGAGCAAUAAGGAGCUGAGGGUGAAAACGAAGAUUAAGGUAUUGAUGAAGAAAGAGAGAUUUAAAGGCUAUUAGAAGGAUAAAGUGAUAGCUUAAGUGAACUGGACGAAAUAGAUUUAGAGAUUAAUGAGUCAUUAACUUCUCCUGGCUCUUCUUCUGAAAGCACUGAAGAUUGCUACAGAGAAUAUUUAUAAAAAAUAAAAGAAGAAAAUAUUAAAGAUAAGCAGGAAAUAUAUGAAGAUUAUUCUAAUUAUUUUCACAAAAACUAGCAUUCUUAUACAAAGUUACUAAAUUAAGCUAGGAAGAUUAAAAUACAAAAUUUAUUUGAGGGAAAUGAUAUUGAUUAAAUUUUGGCAGAUGAAUUGGAUAAAUUAAAAAUAUAAAACAAUAAUGAAGAAAAUGAUUAAAUUCUAAUUGAAGAAAAUAAUUAAAAUGCAGACGAUGAAAUUCCUGUUCAAGAUAAUAAUGAAAAUUUGAAUAAUAACUUAGAGCAAGAGAAUGAAGAAUAAAAAACAGAGGAAAAUGCCUAAGAAGGAUAAAGUUAAAAUAACUAAAUUGAAGAUGAAGAAGUUAAAAAUUCUAUUAAAAAGAAAAAAAUUAAAAAUAAAAUUGUUUCAAAUAAAAAUAAAAGUAAAAAAAUACUUCAAAAAAAGUCUAAAUUGAAAAUAAAAAAUAGCUCAAAAACUAAAUAAUCUUAAUAAAAUGAUGUCAAAGUAGCUAAAAAGGUGAAAAAAGUAAUAACAAAAACCAAAACAUAAAAUUAAAAUGAAAAUUUAAAAAAGUAGAAGAAAUAAAAAAAUGUAAAAAUAUUGGAAAAAAAAGAGAAGAAGGAAAAAGCAGAUGAAAAAGUGAUUAAAAAAUAGUAAAAUGAUAACUAAAAUAGUAUAAAAAAAUAAAAUAUUUAAAAACAAAAGCCUUAGUUAAAUAUAAAGAGUUAAAUUGAGUAAAAAUUAAAAGAAUCAAAGAAAAAUUAAAAUAAGGUAGAUACUAGCAAACUAAAAGUGUAAAAAGAAGUUAUAUUUAGAAAAACUAGAAGUUAGGCGUCUACCAAAGAUCCCUUAACUAAUAAAAAGGUUAAAUCUUCUACACUAGAAACAACGAAGCAAGCUAAAUAAAAUGAGAAGUAAUCUAUUAGUAAAGAGUAAAAAACUUCAUCUAAAGUUAAAGUUUCAAUUUUAAAGACUAAAACAAAAACAGUUAAAAAAUAAACUAAAGUUGUCUUAAAAUAAAUUAAACAGAAGAAGAAAAUAGUUAAAAAAACAGAAAUAAUUAAGAAGGCAAUUAAAAAAGAUAUGACAAAAAGAAUUUUAAGAUCAUCAACAAAAAAAGAUUAAAAAAGCUGA